GCCUAGUUUCUUUACAGCUCUGGAAAGGGAUAUCGCUGAAUUAAAUACAAGGUAUGUACUCGAUAUUGACAUGCUACGCGGACAUGUAGCUUCAUCUGGUUCCUAGAUCCUACGCGUAUGCUUUGUUUAUGAACCAUAAGCAAUGACAAAGAAAGUUCUGUCUCACCUUACUUGCAAUCCUACCAGCCCGGAGGCUGCCUCUUUCAACGACCACCUGCAGUUCACUACAUGUCAGAACAAUGGAUCUUCUACCCUAUGAAAUCCUUUGCAAGAUUGCCUCCUAUCUAGCGUACAGCCAAGAUCCAGAAAGAAAACCGUUUUAUGCGUCCGGGCCUUGGGAUUCCCCCAACCUUGCCUUAUAUUCUACUAUUUCAAGGAAGUGGCAGGUAGUUGUGGAGCAUAUUAUUUGGGAAUGGGUCCUCCUCUUAAAAGCUGACUCCACGGCCAAGCUCGCCGAAUACACGAGAGGGAGUCCCGCGCGGCAUGCCAGAGUUGGAUACAUUCGACAUAUUCUCUGGGAGGUCCAAGUGAGCACGUCUCAGAUUGAACAGACAUUCCAUGAUCAUUUCUGGGACCGGGCAAAAAAGCUUGUCGCUUGUCAUACUCAGCAGUUCUGUAUCUCCCUCCUCCCCUUAUUCCAGGUUUUGCAUUCCUGGGACAGACAAAAUCCUGGCCUCGAGCUGAUCCUUUCUGAAUGUGAACCGGUUUCUUUACCCUUCUAUGGCCGUGAAGCAGGUAAUAAUGUCAGCCUAUACGAUAUGAAACAUCUUUACGUUGCCGGACGGCACCCGAUGAUGUUUUAUCUGACUGCGAAGAACCUCAAAAGGUUCCCUAAACCACGAUGCAUCACAUCGCUUCAGAUCUCUAAGAUAACGCCACUUUUCAUUUGGCCAUCCGCAGUCCUCCAGAUUGUGAAUAUCCUACCGAAUGUGAAUGAUGUCUCAUUCAUCAACUUUGUCUGGGAAGACACUUUUCACAAAGCUCUAUCCGAUCUAAGAGAGGAUACCGCGAAGCAUCUGGCUCAGGUACCGCGCUCUGUGGAAACAUUUAGAUAUACCAGCUGCUUCAGCCAAAGGCACUGCUACAAUCCCACUGGCAAUUCAAUCAACUGCCUAAUGGGUUCCGAUAAGCUGGAUAAUCACUCAAUCGCACUGCGCAAAUUUAGCACACAGCUACGAGAGCUCCGACUCCAUAACGUCCGGAUUAGCAGCGCCCUCUUUUGGCCAUCAGGAGAAAACGAUACCGAUACUCCAUACUGGCCAAAACUUGAAGUAAUCAAAGUCCUUGAUAUACCUCCCCUCAACGCCGACGGAACUUGGAUGAUUCAUAAUGACCCAUUGAAGGUUGUAGGAUGCGCCGAACUCGCACGGCAGAUGUGGGCCGCCUGGAGGAAUCCAUAUUCUGCUGGUCGUUGGUACGGUCAGCGAGGGCUCAUACAGAGUACCGAGGUGGACACGCUCUACCAGGCCAUGGGUAAAGCGGCGCACCAGAUGCCCCGUCUACGACUUUUGGAGUCCUCAUUCUGUACGGAGUCCGAUGUGUCCCGUGAAUGCUUGAGAUUUGAACGUGACGACCUGACGGGACAUGGCCACCUGAUCAUUACCACGGAGUGGAAGUAUCGUCUGGGAGAAGAAGUGAUAUCAGCAUGGGGGUUGGAGGGAAAGAAGGCUGAGGAGUUUCGUCGCACUUGGAAUGUCAGAUACCCGUGGCACCCAUGCCGGUCGGAUAAGUGGGAAUAAUAUUGCUUUGCACUGGACAUUGAAUAAUUGAUCGCUUGGUUGUCAUAGUUGAAGAGAUAAAAUGUUCACCGUUUUACUUGACGUUUAACUCAAUGCCUUCCCUAAUUCCUUCUCCCGCC